UUUCCCACUUUCUCCGCCGUCAACCACAGUCAAUGGCCCUCGUCCGCCACCGCCGCCACCCCAACCUCCGCCUCCCCCUCCUAGAAUCCUCCGAACGCCGUCCUCGAUUCCCUCUACCCCUCCCACCAACCGCCACAAAACCCUCCGCCGCCACCGGCUGCGCCGACGCUAUCUCCGCUGGCGACCUCGAGAAACUCGCCGUGCUCGGCCACGGAAACGGAGGCACCGUCUACAAGGUCCGCCACAAGGUCACUUCCGCCAUCUACGCGCUGAAAGUCAUCCACAGCGUCACCGACUCCACUACGCGCCGCCGUGCUCUGUCGGAAAGCACCAUCCUCAGCCGCGCCGCCGAUUGCCCCCACGUCGUUCGCUACCACGGGUCCUUCGAGAAGCCCUCCGGCGACGUGGAAAUUCUAAUGGAGUACGUGGACGGUGGCAGCCUCGAAACCGCCCUGAAAAAAGACGGCACGUUCUCGGAAGAGAGACUGGCAGCGGUGGCGCGUGACGUGCUCAACGGCCUCGCGUACCUGCACGCGCGCAAGAUCGCGCACCGUGACAUCAAGCCGGCGAACAUCCUCGUAAACACCGAAGGGGAAGUUAAGAUUGCGGACUUUGGUGUCAGCAAGCUCCUGUGUCGCACGCUCGAAUCGUGUAAUUCUUACGUUGGCACGUGCGCGUACAUGAGUCCCGAACGGUUCGACCCGGAUGCUUAUGGUGGGAACUAUAACGGUUUUGCUGCGGAUAUAUGGAGUUUGGGUUUGACCCUUUUUGAACUCUUUGUGGGUCACUUCCCUUUCCUUCAGGCGGGUCAGAGACCCGAUUGGUCCACCCUUAUCUGUGCCGUGUGCUUCGGCGACGCCCCGAGCCUCCCCGAGACUGCGUCGCCGGAGUUUCGCAGCUUCGUCCAGUGUUGCCUCAAGAAGGAGUCCGGUGAGAGGUGGACGGCGGCUCAGCUGUUGACCCACCCGUUUGUGUGCAAAGCCCCGAAUCCGUGUUAAUUGGGUAGAUAUGAUCGGGUCGGGCCUAGGUAGCACUAGAAGUAGCCCUUUUGAGUUUAUGUAUAUAUUCCCCGGAUUCAAUUUUUUUCGGAUUUUAAGAAAACCAUUCCCUCUUGUAAGUAUUUUUCUCUCCACUCUUGAGGGAAGAAAACCAUGAAUCAUGUUGAAUGAAAUUAACUGCAUCAUCAAUUCUAAAUUUGUCUU